AGGAAUUAGAUGAGAGAAGAGGAAGUAGUAAAAACAGAGAAGUAAAUCACGAAAGACAUGUGAGUGUUGAAGAGAAAUAAGAAUGAGAUUCAGGAGAGAGUAAGUAGAAAAAAAUAACAUAAAGAAGAAUAACAAGUACAUAAUCCAUGCUUUGCUUUCUUUUUUGUGGGGUUUGUGCCUAAAACUAAAGAAGAAAAAAACAUACAGUGAAAGGGUGAAUAGAUUAAUAAGAAAAGAAAUGGAAGUAGUCUGUAACCUUUGGUGACAGUUGAAGCGGAAGAAAGAGAAAGAAGAAGGAAAAAAAGAAGGCUUGAAAAGCGGCAUGGCGUCGUCGAAGGUUGUUGUCUCGACGAAUCCGGAUCUGCCACGCGACUCUUCUAUAUCUCCCCUUUCCUCUCUUCUCCUCUCCGAUCUGCACCACUCAACCUCCAUGGACGACCUUCUCAAGUCCAUCACCCCUUCAGCCGCCAAGACCGUCGACGAUGUCUGGAAGGAGAUCGUUGCCGGCGCUCACCCCCACCAUCCCCCCGCCGCCGUCUCCGGAGACAGAAAUGCCGCCACCGUCAACGCCACCGCCCCAGAGGGCUACGAGGCUAUUACCCUGGAGGAUUUCCUCACCAAGGCCGGCGCCGUCAGAGAGGAGGACGUGAGAGGGGUUCUGCCCCCUUCUUCCUCUCUCCCCUUUCCUCUCCCUCUGCCCGCCGAAGGCUCAUCUUCCUCCGUUGAACCCUUUGGAAACGGCGUUGCGCCCACCAAUUCGGUUCCCAAAGGGAAGAGAAGGGUCGUGGAGGAACCGGUGGACAAGGCCACGCUUCAGAAGCAGAGGAGGAUGAUCAAGAAUCGAGAGUCCGCUGCUAGGUCCCGGGAACGCAAGCAGGCUUAUACAUCGGAGCUUGAGUAUCUGGUUCACCAGCUGGAGCAAGAGAACGCCCGGUUAGUUAACGAAGAGGCUGAGAUGAGAAGGCAGAGGAAGAAACAGCUCUUGGAGUACAUAAUUCCAGUUGAAGUGAUGCCUAAACCCAGAAAGAAACUUCGGAGAGUAAAUUCAGCUCAAUCAUUGUGAUGUUUCAUCACCCAUCUGAUCAACAAACUAGGCUGUGACUUGGUGUAGAUAUAAGGAGGGAAAGAUUUAAGAGAUUGAAUGUCAUUGCAUCUGCAGGUUCUCGGAGUUACAUUGUAUAGAAAAAAAAAAAAAGCUGGAGUCAAUUAAUCCAAGUAAUUUAAUUCAACUAAAAAGUAUUCUUCCACUGAUCUACAAGGAAGAUCCAUGGCUGUGGGUGGGGUUUGUCAGGAUUAGGCCUUGUAGGAAGAGUUCAAAUAAAAGUUUGUGGUGUGAUAAUUUAGGCAAUUUGGAUGUCAUGAUUAGUGGAUGAGUUACAUGUCAGAGGAUUCCAUGAAUAGUGUUUAGCAGAUUUCAUGUAGAGACUGAAAGAUCACCUGAAUGUCACAUGAUUAAGACAAGUUACUUUUUCAAAAA